UACGGUUGCAGUUGCAGUUGCAGAAGACACCAUUGCCAAACCCUUCAGAGUUCUUGAACAAUAAUUUGGGUAGCUCAGAACAGUGAUAGCUGGUCCCACCAAUCUGUUCAGAGGUGGGCCCCGGAAGGAACACUAUCUUCCAUCUGAUCUAUACACACAAAUCCCCAGACUCAUCACAGGCCAUUGGUUGGGUUCUGUGCUGUUUAAAUUUUGAAACAGAAGAAGAAAAGGUAAUUCUGUGAGUCGACUCGGUACCAGAAACUCCGAAAGUCCCUCCGUAAUUCCUCACUUUUUCUCUUUUCCUAUUUGACUAAAGAUUGAAUCUUUGAAGUGGGAUUUUCGUUGUGUUUUCUGGGUUUCUGUUCUUUUUCUCUCUCUCUGUCUCUUGGGCUUCGCUUUCUCUCUCUUCAAGGAAGGAGAAUGAAGAACGGAGCAAAGCUCAUAGUUUUCCACCCAUCUCUGCAAAAACAGGGUCUGGGAAUUAUGCCGGCGGCUUCUCCGCGUGUUUUGUUCCUCGUUUUCGUCUCAUUCUUCGCAUUUGCGUUUGCCCUGAGCUUUUUCUCCGGCAGGGAUGCCGUUCCGGCGCCGGGAAGUGGCGGCGGGGUGUCGGCGAGGUCUGAGUUGCCGGAGCCGGUGAUGGACGCGCUCGUGCAUUACGCUACGGUGAACACCACGGCGGUGGCUUCAAGAAUGUCGGCGGCGGAGGUGAGCGCCGUGGCGGCGACGCUCCGCCGCUGCGGACCCGCAUGCAAUUUUCUGGUUUUCGGGCUGACCCACGAGACCCUUCUGUGGCGUUCGCUAAACCAUAAGGGCCGGACGGUGUUCAUCGACGAGAGCGCUUAUAUGGUGUCGAAAAUGGAAGAAAAACAUCGUGGGAUCGAAGCGUACGAUGUUCCGUUCACGACAAAAGUUAGCGAGCUUUACGAUUUGCUCGAACACGCUAAGGAACAGCUCAAGAAAGAGUGCCGGCCGGUGCAGAAUCUUUUGUUUUCCGAUUGCAAAUUGGCGAUCAACGAUCUCCCCAACCACAUAUACGACGUCGCUUGGGACGUCAUCUUAAUCGACGGGCCGCGCGGGUACUUGCCGUCCGCGCCGGGGAGAAUGUCGCCGAUUUUCACCGCCGGCGUUUUGGCCCGGAGCAAGCCCGGCGCCGGCAACUCAAAGACGCACGUGUUCGUGCACGAGAUUGAUAGAGACGUCGAGAGAGUCACCAGUGAGAGAUUCCUUUGCCGGGAUAACAUGGUAGAUUCCGUGGAUUCUUUGGGGCAUUUUGUGGUCGGAAAAUUGAAUCCUAACGACUAUAAAUUCUGUUCAAAGUCCGAAUCAUCGUCUUCUUCAUCGAAACCAUCCAUGGCGGAUGAGUGAACCACUGCAUCACACUGAUCAUUUCUACUUUUCUUUUUUUACUUUUUUUUUAUCAUAUUAUAUAAUCUCUCUAUAUAUAUAGCAAAAUCUGUAAGAUUCUAGAGCUCUUCAAGUGUGAAAUAUUUUGUUCAUCAGAGAAAACACUUUCUCAAAAAAAAAAAAAAUCAAAUCAAAUACAAAAAUGUUCCUCAUCU